UGCCCUCCUCCUGCCAGCGCACCCCCAAAAUCUCUCCUAGUGGUGCAAUGCUAUUUUUUUUUCCUUUUCUUUUCUUUUUGGUUGUGUUUUUUAUUUUAUUGUUUAUUAUUGUUGUUUAUUUUUCUCCUUUCUUGCCCCAAAUCUUUCCUGCAGCCGCCACAGUUUGCUCGGUGCCACCCGAGGCACCUGCGUGGGUCCUGCGAGCCCUGGGUAGAGCCUGGGGGGGGGCUCCCUGCCAGCACCCCCGUCCCCUUAAAGCCACCCCGCUGAUGAUGAUUUCUUGUGUUUUCAGCCCAAUUUUCCCCAUCCCAUGCCGGUUCCUGCCCCGCGGUAGCCGGGAAAUGCACGGGGGGAGCUCCAGCCUUCCCACGGUGCAUCCAGCCCUUGUCCUGCCGGGUGGGAUGUCGGGAACAUCCCAAAAACGGGCUCUGGGGCAGAGCCCAUCAAGGGUAAUGCUAACGCUGCGAGAGGGGGUUUUAUCCCCAAAAAGGGCAGGCAGGUGUAGGGACAGAGCAACCCAAAAAAAAUAAAUAUGCAGCCGGGCAUCUGCAUUAUUUUUGGCAUCUUUGGUCGCCGACCUGCAGCACCCAGUGGGUUUUAUCCCCGUUGAAGGCAGUGGGUCCCACUGGGAGCUGCUGUCCUGGUGAAGGAGCGAUGGGGACAGGGACAGGGAGUGUGGCUCCUGCCUGCCUGGUUCUGCAAGAGCUAAAAUGCCAUUUCUUAGCAAAACCUCCCAUUUUUCUCACCUUCCCCUCAGUCUGUCCUGCCACAAAAAAAACCUCUGUUCUGUUGGUGACUUGGCGCUGGGCUGUGUCGGAGGGACCCGGCCACCUUCAGCCACUCGGCUUGGAGGGACCCUGUGGAUCAUCUCCUGGGGUCCGUGGGGGUCAGGCGGGUGUUGCUGUGGGGUGUGAAUGGUGUUGUGGAGUCAGGUUGGACACGUCGGGUCCAUGCAUGGCUCCAGGGGUGGCCAAGUGGCUCCUUCAUCGUGUUCCAAGGACUCCAGAAGAGCCGGAGCUUGACCCGGGCAGCACUCCCGGGUGUCGUUGUAGUUGUGAGCUACAACUACACAACCUCUCACCUGUGUGCAGACUGCACCGGCUGUAGGAACCCUAGGAGAUGCUUUGUGGUCACCUACAUCUCAACACCUGGGUGUUGGUGAGCGAGCAGGUGGUGACUGGUGCUGCCUGGCUGCCCGUCGCUGCCCGCUCGCCAUGGCCACUCCAGACGUCAGCGUUCACAUGGAGGAGGUGGUGGUGGUGACAACCCCUGACGGCGCAGUGGAUGGAGGUGGCGUGGAGGAGGUGAAGACGGUGUUGGUCACCACCAACCUGUCCCAGCACGGCGGUGACAUAAAUGAGGACACGCUGGAGACCGAAAAUGCAGCUGCUGCAGCUGCUGCUGCCUUUACAGCCUCCACGCAUCUGAAGGAAGCAGUUUUAGUGAAGAUGGCUGAAGACGAGGACAGUUUGGAGGCAGAGAUUGUCUACCCCAUCACCUGCGGGGACAGCAAAGCCAACCUCAUCUGGAGAAAGUUUGUUUGCCCCGGGAUCAACGUGAAGUGUGUGCAGUUUGAUGAUCACCUCAUUAGUCCCAAGGAGUUUGUCCACUUGGCGGGCAAGUCAACCCUGAAGGACUGGAAGCGGGCGAUCCGGAUGAACGGGAUCAUGCUCCGGAAGAUCAUGGACUCGGGAGAGCUGGAUUUCUACCAGCACACAAAGGUUUGUUCUAACACCUGCCGGAGCACCAAAAUCGACCUGACAGGAGCCAGGGUGUCCUUGACCAGCCAGACAUCCACGGAGUACAUCCCUCUAACCCCCGCCUCUGCGGAUGUGAACGGAUCCCCGGCUACAAUUACCAUAGAAACAUGUGAGGACACCAGCGAUUGGAGCACCAGCAUCGGAGAUGACACCUUUGCUUUCUGGCGAAGCCUGAAGGACAUGGGUCUUCUGGAAGAAGUAAUCCACGAGUUCCACCAGGAGCUAGUGGAGACCAUGAAGGGCUUGCAGCAGCGAGCACAGGAUCCCCCGCUCCAGCUCUGUGAUGCUGUUUUACUCAACAACGUAGUCCAGAACUUUGGUAUGCUGGAUCUGGUCAAGAAGGUCCUGGCCAGCCACAAGUGUCAGAUGGAUCGCUCGAGGGAGCAGUACACGAGAGAUUUGGCAGCUCUGGAGCAGCAGUGUGACGAGCACCGCAAGCGAGCCAAGGAGCUGAAGCACAAAUCACAGCACCUCAACAACGUCCUGAUGACCCUCACGCCCGUCUCCGUCCCCACGCCUUUAAAACGUCCCAGGCUGACCAGAGCCACCUCCGGACCCGCUGCCAUCACCUCCCAAGUCCUGUCCCAGCCUGCUCAGCUCGCAGUCACCCCCGGCAUGCCCGUCUCCCAGCUCGCCAACCUCCCUCUUGGCAAAGUGGUCUCAACCCUCCCGCCCUCGGUGCUGGGGAAAAGCCCAUCCCAGCCUCCUGCUGCCAGCUCCCCGGCCUCCCCGCUGCUGGGAGGGUACACGGUACUGGCCUCCGCCGGCUCCACCUUCCCCGGAACCGUGGAGAUCCACCCGGACGCUUCCAACCUGACGGUGCUGAGCACGGCUGCGGUGCAGGACGGCAGCACGGUGGUGAAGGUGGUGAGCCCCUUCCAGCUGCUGACGCUGCCGGGACUUGGCACCACCAUCCAGAACGUGACACAAAUGGCUCCCGGUGGGAGCACGGUUGUGGCUGUCCCCUCUGGUGCCGCCGAGGCCACCGGGGAUGAACACGCCGCCGCCGCCAUCGAGGUGACCGCAGUGGCCGACGAGGCAGAGCAGAAGUGAAAAGGGGGGACUUGCCUGGAGGGACGCUGGCCGUGCCGCUCUGGGUGGAACUGCCUCUUUCUCUGGCUGCGCUGCGGGACGAGGAGCGGUGUAACGAGGGGCACGGGUUAACGAGACUCAGAGCAGCUCACUUUGGUAACGAGGAAGCUCAGGUCAGAGGGAAGCAGGGGGAGGAAAGAUGCCCGGAGAAGGGAAAGGCAAAAAUGCUUUGCCCUGUUUGGAGGACAAAAAAAAAAAAGCUUAUUUUUUUUUAUAAAGCUUUCCUCCCCCGUUCUCUUGGAAUAAUUAUUCCAUUCUAGGUCAUCAGCCCUGCCUGGUGUGCAGGCGUAGCUGGAGCAGCAUCAGUUCAAGCAGGAGCAGGGCAGGGAGAAGGUGGUAGCAAAAGGAGAAGCGGGCGAAGCGCUGAGCAGGCACCGACCCGGCCCCCGAGGGGUCUGGUGUGAACUGGUGGGAGGUGUCAGGGAACUGGCUGCUCCCCAUCCCCGGGGAUGCCGAGAGAGGGUUGUCCACGGGGUGUGUGCGGUCAUGGAAACCGGGGAGAGGGUGUGCGUGGCACGGGGAGGUUGGCUUCUGCCUCUUCUGCUGGCUUUGGGUGGUGGAAACAAGAGGGAGCUCUCGUGGGCAGUGGCCGUGAUGGGUCACCCAGGUCUGCUGGGGGAAGGAGCGGGGAGAGAGAAACCCAGAGGGGGCUGGGAAGAGCUGUAACUUCUGAGGAUUUAGGAUCUCUUUCUAGUUUUCUCAAAAAAAAAAAAAAAA